CAGCCAGAGUCUUGGCUGCUCGCUCCGUCUAAAGGUUGCUGGUCGAGUUCUCUGAGGAUCUGGAAGGACAACGAAGAAGCUUCUGUAGUUUAUUCUGCCUUGUUGUAGCUCUUGAUAUGAUAUGCAGGAGAACAGACUUGAACUUAUCAGGAGAGAGAUAGGAAGCUGCACUUUAUUCCAACUGCUUCCCACAAACAGUACAUGACUUAACUGUUCAUGACAAAAAGGGUAGCUGUACCUUAAUGGGACUGGAGAUAAGCUUUAAAUGGGAGUCGGUCUGCAGAUGUCACCUGUGAUGGACUACAACGACUCCCAGGCUCUGCUCUCCAGAGAGCACCUCAUCUACGUCAUCACGGUGCCGCUGUCGAUUUCCAUCAUCCUGGCCAACCUCGUCAUCAUCUUGGGCAUCUCCUGGAACCGGCAGCUCCACAACACACCCAACUACUUCUUCCUCAGCCUGCUAGUGGCUGAUAUGUGUACCGGCGUGGCGCUGCCUUUUAUACCGCUGAUGGGUCUGAACCGGGAGUUAAGUUUUAGCUCCUGUCUGGUGGCUCAUGUGUUCCCAAAUUUCCUCUUCUUGGCGUUUCUUUUCAACUUGGUGAUGGUCCACUAUGAACGCUACAUCUGCAUCGUUGACCCCCUGCAUUACAAUAAUCUGUGGAUGCAUCGCAGUUUCCCGUUAGCGCUGCUCGUGGUGUGGGCACCGCCACUGCUGUACGCAUCGCUUCCUGCUUUUGGGUGGAAUAACUGGGAGGGACCAGAUUGGAAUGACUGUUGUGCAAGUGGCCAAAAGUUAGCAACAAACUGUUCGACAAACGGAACCGCCUGCUGUUCCUACAGCCGGGUGUUCCCCAACGCUUUCAUCUACUUGGAGGUGUAUGGGCUCGUCCUACCUGCUAUACUUAGCAUUGCUGGCAUGACCGGCCGAGUUUUGUGGAUCACCCGAGGCCAGCUCAAGGACAUUUGUCGCCUCCAUCGCUCAGUGGAGCGAGGAAGUCAGGCCUCCGACCGGGAGCAGAGGCUGAACCUGCGCUACACUCGCUGUGUUGUUGCCGUGUCAUUAACUUUUCUGGCUUGUUGGGUUCCUUACCUCAUUUACAUGCACGUCUGCAUCGCAGUGUUGAUCAGUGACACCAAGUGGAACUUCAACACUCACAUUGUGCUGUCUUGCACUGGUAUUGGAAGUAUGGCAGUCGUGCCGUUGGUGCUCGGCCUGGCCAACAAGCAGUACACAGAACCUGCAUAUAAAGUUCUCCAGAAACUCCGAGACAGAUGGAGGCGACAAACACAUGGAUCAGUGGAAGGUUAAGUCUGAAGGAACACUGAUAUAUAUCUGUGGAUAACCAUCAAAGCCAUAGUAGUCUUGAGAGAUUCAGUAGAAGAAAACUCUUUUACUGGUUCUUGAAAAAUCUUUCAUCCAACAGGAUUUUUCAGGCCUAACUGACUGAUUAGGAGAACCAGGGAUGCAUUAGCACCCUCAAAAAACAACCCAGGACUCACACGGCUUGAGAUGUAAAUUGUUGCGAAACUGCCAGGUGAGGGUUGACUGAAGGUGUUGAUGGUGAGGAAGCUGCCUGUGGAGGGAUGCGUGUUCUAGUUUAAGUUUAACAUAUGUAAAACUGGAACAGACAUGUCUAAAGUCCUGAGAUCUGUCCCCAGACAACUUCACCACUAACACCUUCGAUCAUCCCUCACCUGGCAGAUGACAUGAGCCAUGUGUGUUAGGGUGACAACAAGUAACUGGGACUUAUUGGUUUAGGGAUCACAUUUCUUCACAAAUUAAAAAAAAAAAUCUAGUUAUUUAUUUUAAUUGACUUAAGAAAAUCACUCAUGAAUCAAAAUGUGGUCAAAUUUUACAGUGACCUGACAAAAAAAAGUAAAACUAAAGACUACUCCUAUCUUCCCACAGACUUAUAUAUCCACUGUAAGAUACAAAUCAUAAACUGCAGCUGUAAUUAUCAUCUGAAUCACUCUGAAUGGGAUUAAAAUCGCUGACCAGACCUGGCUUUGAGGUUAAUUCUGCACUGUGUCACUUUGAACCUGUCCUAAUGUCAGCUUACUAAUGUGUUAAUGUGUGGCAGGUAGUUGUGUUUGAACAGCUGAAAUGUAAAUGUGCUCAAUCGUAACAUCAGAUCUAACAGAGGCUGAAUAAACUGCCCCUGUAUCAGUGGUAAAUACUCUUGUGCAGCUUCAUGUGGACAUGAAUUAAACAGGUUGUAGAGCUUCUCCAUCUCUCACCCCCUGCCUGCACUGUUUACUCCUACUUCUCUGCCAGUGUUUAUCUAUAUACUGGUAUGCAAGCAGAAGAGGGGAGGUGGAUGCAUCCAUCAUACAUCUACACGACAUGAAGAGAUUAGUCUUGCAGCCACAACAUGCAGCAGAGAGACACAAAUUAAAGGCUGAAAAUGAUUUUAUGCCGCUAUGAGAUUCCACUUUCUAUUAUGAUUAGAUACAGGAACAUUAAAUACUGUAGAACAGAGUGUUCAAGUGCUGUAAAGAUCCAUUCUGCUCUCUGUUUAAGACUUGAUUAAACAUAAACUAUGUUGGACUAAAACCCACAAUCAAAAUUUAAUUUAAAUGUGUUUGCGCAGUAUGUGGGUGGAAAGGAGACAGCUGAACUGAGGAGGAAAAGCAGACUGUAAUAGAAUUAAAGAGCAAGCAGCAUCUGUACUGUUGGGAUAUUCAUUGAGCUUUGACGUCAUGGUGAGGUCAGGAGGCACGUGUGAUGCCGUGUGAAGACAUGUUCCAGUAAGUUUUCCACAUCGGAAUAUCAUUAACAUGUGUGUCAGAAAGACAGAAAGCAACCGGGAGACGAGGAGGAGGGCACAGGAUGAGGCUGUCGGACUUCACCUAAUCUCUAAUAACUUACUGCUAUCUGCAUUAUCUGUUCGCCUCCAACGUUUUCAUCUAACACAAUGCACCCCAAUAGUGUUCAAAUUCUGUUAAGCAAUAGCUCAGCAGUUUGGCAAAUACAUUUUUUUCUUUUAAAGAGCUUGAUAAGAAGAUUUAUGCCACUUUUAAAUCUCACAUUACAUAUUGCUGCAUUUAAUUUGAACUGAAAAGUUGGAAUUACCAUGUUCACAAUUGGAGAUUCCAUCUGGAAGUCAGAUUUCUGACUCAGAAAGUUGAAAAAGACCUCCUAAAGGACCAACUAAACAAUCCAAAAUGGCUGCUCGGUGCAUGAAAAGAAGUGAAAGCUACAGUUGCGCAAUGUUUAUUAGCACUUCUGUCUUGUUUGUGUCUCAUUAAAUCAACUGUUAAGAUUGUACAGUCUAACCUCUCUCUGUGGACAUGUUGCUACAAUGUUUGCAAGCACAAAAUGCCAUGUAGUGUGUUGUUAUCAGCUGUUGCUGUUAGCAAUAGCUAACCUGACAACAAAGGUUUUUCUGGAGAUGUAUGACUUAAUUGUAUCUGACUUGUACUACUAUCAAACACUUUCAGCUCAGGUUUGAAGUGAAUCCCAGCUCUGAUUUCUGAGGUAAAUAUACAUAGAAUAUUUUUGUUGGAGCUAGCUAGCUUAGCUUACCCUAAGGCUGGAAACUGUGGGAAACAGCUAGUAUGCUAGCAUGUAAGCCUAUCAUAUUUGUUUUCCUUUCCUUCAAAGAAUUGUCAAACACUGAUAAAAUGGAUAAUUGAGUUUUUUCUUCACUUUAUGCUUCAACUUCUGAGGUACAUUUACAUAGCAUAUGCUGAAGCUGGCUAGCUUACCUUAAGGCUGGCAGAACAGCUAGCAUGUACGCCUCAUAAAAUGGUUAACUGAACUUUUUCAUUUUAUUUUCAGAUUUUAAAACAGCAUACCAUUUAAAUCCCAGUUUAUUUUUCUCCAUGUGCAUGUUUGUGUGAAAGAAAGUGAACACACACACACACACACACACUGGUCAUGUUUUAUUUAUUGUAUUCCAGUAACAGUAAACUCUAAUCUGAUUUCUUGUGAUUACUUUGACAUAUUUGAGGUACAAGGGUUCAGACAUUCAGGCUGGCCGAAACAUUUCCCUUUGCCGUGUUGUGCUGAACUGCAGCAGACAAAAAGGACUUAUGAGUGUUUUUCUUUCCAGAACAUUAAAAUUCUUUCUCAUCUUC